AUGAAAAAUAAUGAAAUAAUUAGCUUUGAAAAUGUUGCAUAAAAAACAAGUCCAGAAAAUGAAACUUUUGUUGAACUUGAAUUUCAAUAAACUCAAUAUGAAACAUAAUUAGAUUAGAUUUUAGAAGAGUAAAGGUUUAGUGAAAAGUUGAAAUAAUGUGAAUAAAAAAGAAUAGAGAAAUUAUAGAGGUAUUUGAUUAAUAAUGUAUAAAAAAUAAUUUCAGAAUACCUUAAGAAUUUGAGUAUAGACUUCCUACAAUAAGAGAAAUAAUUGACAUUUCAAACUCAUAAUUGCAUCAAACACAUAAUAUUCCAGAAUAAGAUGAAUAAUGCAAAUCUUAAGUUUAGAAGAAUAAUCAAAAAUUGAAAAAACUAAAAUAAAGAACCAAAGAUUGGAGUAAAUUUGAAUAAUAACUUAUCUAUUAUUCUAGCUUAAACAUUUCUUAAUAUUAUACUGAUAAAUCUAUUGAUUGUCGAUGGAAACUAUUGUUUACUUAUUAUAUAAUAAUUAUUGGAACUAAUAUCACUUUAAAUUUGAUCGAAUUAAUUAGAUACUAAUAAAGUUUUUGUAAAUUAGAAGGUUUAGAUCAUACUCUCAUUUAUAUUAAUUAGAUAGCUUACAUAGCAUGCAAAGUCGGAAUUUUAAAUAUCAUUUAUUAAGAAUUCACUAAUACUUUGCCAAUAAAAGUCAAAGUUCCCUUAUUAAAUUCAGUUGUAUUUAGUUGUAUAUUUCCAAUUUUGUCAAUGCCACUUUAUAUCUUUGAUUUUGUAGAAUGUGAAUAUAGAAUCAAAAUCUUUACACUUGAUUAAAGUCUCAAACUUUUGAAUCUUAUAGAUUGGCUUAUUCUAUCAAUAUUAAUCUUAAUAAUAAUUAUUUAAUCUUGUUUUCAGAUUUAGAUUUCAAGUUAAGCCAUUUAAAAAGCCAUGUAAAAAUACAAUUUUCUAUUUAGGAAAUACAUAAAGAUAGCCUAUUACAUUUUAUUGAUUAUUGUUCACUGCAUUUCAAUAAUUAUGGUUAUUGGAUAAUCCUUUGAUAAUUUUAUGCCUGCUAUGAUAAUGGAGAAUUACUACUUUAUAUUUUCAGUACUUUUAAUGUGUUACUUGUCAGUAUAAAAAUAUUUAUUUCAUUAAAUUCCAUUCUAACAGAAUUGUUAAAAUUUAGAUAAUGAAAGAUCCUUUCAAUCUUUAUAAUCAUGA